AUGUGUAGUCUUUUAGAGAAGGAGGUGAAAUUUGAUUUUGAUGAGAUGUGCUUGAAAGCUUUUGAGAUGUUGAAGGGGAACUUAAUUGAGGCUCCUAUCUUAAUUGCUCCUAAUUUGAAAGUACCAUUUGAACUCAUGUGUGAUGCAAGCGAUGUAGCAGUGGGUGCAAUGUUGGGACAAAGAAAAGAUAAAGUGUUCCACUGUAUCUAUUAUGCAAGCAAGACCCUGGAUUUUGCACAAGCUAAUUACAUAGUAGGAGAUGCUAGCUCUAGUGUUCACCUUCGACAAGUUCAUAUCGUAUUUGGUAAGCAAAUCUGGGAAGAGUUUCCGGAUGAAAAAUUGAUGGUACUAGAUAUCUCUGAAGUGCCUUGGUAUGCACAUAUUGUGAAUUUGAUAGUAAGUGGAGAUUACCCACCGGGUGCAACCACCCAACAAAAUAAAAAGCUCAAUCAUGAUGUUAAGUUCUAUAUCCAGGAUGAACUGUUCUUGUUCAAGCAAGGUGUGGAUCGGGUGGUGAGAAGAUGCAUUACGGAUUCUGAGGUUCAAAAAGUGCUUGAAAGUUGUCAUGCUAGCCCAUAUGGAGGACACCAUGGAGGAGAGCGCAUGACGCACAAGGUAGUACAAUCUGGUUUCUUUUGGCCCUCGUUAUUUAAAAAUUCUAUUGCUUUUGUGAAGGGUUGUGAUAAAUGCCAAAGGUUGGAUUAUGUGAGUAAAUGGGUUGAGGUUAUCGCUCUUCCUUCGAAUGACGCAAGGGUUGUGAUCAAGUUCAUCAAGAAGCUCAUCUUCACUCGCUUUGGCACUCCAAGGGCAAUCAUAAGUAAUGGAGGUAUGCAUUUCAUUAACCAUCUAAUGAUUGCUAAGUAUGGUAUUCGUCAUAAGAUUGCUACUGCUUACUAUCCUCAAACGAGUGGCCAAGUGGAAGUUUCCAAUAGAGAGGUGAAGUUAGAUGAUGCGUUGUGGGCAUAUAGCAUUGCUUAUAAGACACCCAUAAGGACUUCUCCCUAUCACAUAGUGUUUGGUAAAACAUGUCAUCUUCCGGCGGAAUUAGAACACCAAGCUUAUUGGGCUAUUAAGAGGUUGAAUUUGGACCCCGAGCUAGUUGGUAGGAAGAGAGUGAAUCGACUACAUGAACUUGAGGAGUUCAGACUCCAUGUGUAUGAGAAUUCCAAGCUCUAUGAAGAAAAGACAAAAAGGUGGCAUGACAAUCACAUAGUUCGUCGUACUUUCACUCCGGGAGAAAAUGUACUACUCUUUAACUCUAGAUUAAGGUUAUUCCCUAGAAAACUGAGGUAUAAAUGGAGUAGUCCCUUCGAAGUGGUAAGGGUGACACACCAUGGUGUCGUGGAACUUAAAGGUGUAUAA